GUUUGGCGCUUUCGUCGUUAAAUGUUAUGAGGUUAUGUAAGUUCCAACCGACUGAAAUUUACGUGUAUUCGAAAUUCGAAUAAGGAAAUUUUCUGUUGGUAAAUUGUGUGAAUAUUUUCAUAUUAAGAGCAUACUUGAAAGAAAGGAAGUGAAGAAGUACUAAAAUUCUAAAAUGCCACUUCCAGCUGCAUUAGCUGCACGGCUUGCUAAAAGAGGGCUUAUUACUGGAUCAGAAAAACACGAAUCUACAAAAAAAGAAUCAAGAAAAAAAAUCCAUGAAGAAGUAAUAGCUGAAGAUUAUGAUAGUACAAAAGAUGAUAUUAACCAAAUUGACAUAUCACAAAAAUUUAUGGGAUAUAGUGGUUGUCCCAAUAAGUAUAAUAUUUAUCAUGAAUGUACAAAAAAGUGCAAAGAGUUAUGGGGUCUUGGACAUGUACAACCUUCUGACAAAUACUUGAAAAAGCAAUUAAAAUUAAUACAGAAGUACCCCUUACCAGAAACCUGGAAAGCUGUUUAUGACCCUGGAUCUGGCCAACAUUAUUAUUGGGACUGGUCAUCUGAUUUGGUAUCUUGGUUACCACCGGGCCAUCCAAAAUGUCAAAUAUCUCAACCAGCUUCUCAGUUAAGAGAAGAAUUACAUCUAAAAGCAGCAGAUCAGGAUGACAAUAUGUCUAGUGAUGACAGUGGUAGUGAACAAGAGCCAAUGGAAGUGGAUGAACCAGACACAAAGAAAGAUAAAAAAUUAGAGACUAGAUCAAGACACAAACCAGGAGAUAGUAAAAGAAAUCAAAGAUUAGAAAAAUCUGAGAGCAAAGAGAAGAAAGACAGAACUUUAGAUCCUAUGGAUCCAGCAUCUUACAGUGAUAUUCCACGGGGAAAAUGGUCUGAUGGUUUAGCACGACACAAUGAAGCUAAAACAGGAGCAGACACAACUGCUUCAGGACCACUUUAUCAAAUGAGGCCAUAUCCUAGUCCAGGCGCGGUUUUGCGAUCAAAUAGAGCUAACAAAACAGAUUCAGAAUCGUCUAACAAACCUAAAGUAUCGUGUCCCGAAAAACCAGAAUAAAUUUCUCUUUUAUACCAUUUAGUCUAUUAUGCAAUUUAUUAUACAUGUCUAAUGUAAAUAUAGUGUAACUUACAGAAUUUGUCAGUAAUCUUAUUAUUAUAUUAUCUCUAUAUAUAAAUGACUGACUAAUUAAAUAA